AUGAGUAAAGACGUCUUCGCACAAGUAAAGGAGGACCACUCCGUUGUCAAGCAACUCUACGAACGAUUCAAGAAUGAGAAUGAUGAGCAUGAAAGACAAAAAAUUGCAAAUACUAUUAUUCGUGAAGUCUCGAUUCAUUCGGCCACUGAAGAAAUUGUUCUUUACCCCGCUUUCGAAGAGUACUUGCCAAAUGGCAGAGAAUUCGCAGAUCAUGCUCGUAAAGAGCAUCUUGAUAUCAAGAAUGUCAUGUACGAGUUGGACAAAAUGAAAGUUAGCGAUGCCGGCUACGUUCCAAAAUUGGAUUCCGCUAUGGAGGAAUUCAUCCACCACGCUAGAGAGGAGGAAGAAGACAAUAUUCCUAAACUACAAAACUAUCUCUCUCAAGAAAAAAUACAAGCACUUGGCAAAAGCUGGCAUAAUACUAGACCGGUUGUCCCAACUCGUCCCCAUCCAGGAGCACCAGAUAAGCCACCAGCUGAAACUAUCGUCGGAGCUGCUACUGCACCCGCUGAUAAGCUGCGCGACGCUACACGAGAAUUCGUCGAAGAAUGGGAAAUGUUGAAUCAUCACAGCCCACUUUCAUCAUCUACAUCAACAAUUGCGCGUCGAACUCGCGAAUCGUCAGGAUCAUUUCCCUCAUUGUAUUCGGUUUCUUCUUCUCAUUCGUCAGUAUCUUCUGAUUCUUUCUAUAACCCAAGACACCAAAAAGAAACUAGUAUCUCUUCCGAUGAUAUUUCCAUAAAAGACGUAGCAACAAUCAAUAGUUCCAUAAAAGAAUUUAAAGAGAUAAACAGUUCUUCCGAUUUAGAAAACAAAACGACAAAGAAACUAGAAUCAUCUUAUCCUACUAACUACCACACUCUAGAGAAUAGACAAAUAGACGGGAGCAACGGGAGCAACAACAUUAUUAAAGGAAAAUCAUCAAUAAUGGGACUUACUUAUAGCACCUUCAUAGAAGAUUAUGUCAAUAAUGUAAAUUUUUUGUCAUAUGAAUUCGAUAAUAACAAUAAUUAUUAUAAUCACCACAUGGAUAAUCCAAUUGAUUUAUGGAAAGAAGCACAACACCAAAAUAAUUUCAGUCAAGAAUAUUUCAAUACAAUUGAUUUCAAUCCAGUUAGUUGGUAUCCAACUGAGCAAGAAUUAGAACAAUAUUGUUUUCCAGAAACUCGGAGAACAUUGACGCGACGACGAUCAAUAAGACGACGAAAUCGUCAUAAUGGUAGUAAUAAAUACCAUCCUCAUCGUCAUCUACGACUAAUACCACUAGAACGAGAACAAACUCGAAUUUCACCGAUAACAAAAGAAUAUCUUAAAAACAUUGGACAAAGAUUACUGACUCAAAAGUCGAUAUCACCUCCAUAA